CUUGCGCGGAGCCAGGGGGCGGGGCCCUUGCGCGUCCCGGUUGCCUGGAUACCACUGUGGAACAAUAGCAGCGGCGUGAGCUCCUGGGCAGUUGGGUCUGGGCUAGAACGGGCGGUUGGUCCUCAUUCUCCGCGGAGCCCCGAGGAGGAACAGCCUGGUCGCGGUCUGCGAAGAGCGAUGCCGCUUCCCGAUUCCAUGUUCUGCGCGCAGCAGAUCCACAUUCCCCCAGAACUGCCGGACAUCCUGAAGCAGUUCACCAAGGCUGCGAUCCGCACCCAGCCCGCCGACGUGCUGCAGUGGUCCGCGGGGUAUUUUUCAGCUUUGGCAAGAGGAGAUCCACUUCCUGUAAAGGACCGAAUCGAAAUGCCCGUGGCCACUCAGAAAACAGACACAGGCCUGACUCAAGGACUCCUGAAAGUUUUGCACAAGCAGUGUGGCCACAAGCAAUAUGUGGACUUGGCAGAUCUUGAGCAGAAAUGGAAGAAUUUGUGCCUGCCGGUAGAAAAAUUCAGAGCUCUUUUACAGUUGGAUCCUUGUGGAAAGAACAUGGAGUGGAUGAAGUUUUUAGCGCUUGGAUGUAGCAUGCUUGGUGGGUCCUUAAACUCUGCGAUGAAGAACCUGUGCGAGAUCCUGACCACGGACCCCGAGGGCGGGCCCGCCCGCAUCCCGUUCGAGACGUUCUACUACGUCUACCGGUACUUGUCCGGCCUGGACUCAGAAAUCCCCGCGGCCGACACCGAAUCCUAUCUUGCCUCUUUGAAGGAAAACAUAAGCACUAGAAAGUCCGGCCUGAUAGCCCUUUCAGAUUUCUUCGUCCUGAAGAGGAAAUUCUAGAAAACUCUGAAAAGAACUCAGAAGGCAUAGGGCGUUAAUUCAGAGAAGAACCCAUUUUAAUGUCAAAACAGUGCUUUUAAAAACCUUGGCACCAAAUACAACUUGUCCUUAACCACAUCCA